UAGGGCCGCAACUCUUUAUCUUAAGCAUCAUUUUGGCCAUUAUACAGACAAGAUGAGCAAUGAGGACCUUGAAAGGUUCGUUCUGACCUCCCUAGCUGAGGAGCAUUAUAAGGACAUGGCUAAAUUAAUAGAUGUCGGAGAUAUUAAAUUAACUCACUGAUCAGAUGUCCCAACACCUUUCUUAAUACCUGCCUCUGCAGUAUACUAUACAGAAACUGGCAUGAAAAUAUGUAAAUAACUAUACUCGGGAGGAAAAUCAGCUGAAAGAGGAAAUUUUUAGGGAACAUGUGCUAAUGUUUCAUCACAAAGCAAUGCAGAAAGAGAUUUUCACUGACCGGAACGAGUUUUCAUGUGCUGCUAUCCGUGGAUGACGUGCUGAGAUUGAAAUGGCAAAUUAUGACCCAAACAACAAUUCUGAGAAGCAACUCUCUGUAGCAAGAUGAGCCAAGCUACUUCUAAAGCACAGAUUUGUAGAGAAGGAUAAAACACAGGCUGCCAAGAAGAACUUUGGAGAUACCAUUGAGGCUAAUAUGCAUUGCUUUGAGUAUCCCAAGGAGAUCACUGUUGGUUCGCAGCAAGCCCAAUAUCCAUUUAGGUUCACACCUUGAGCAGAAAACAUUUUGUAA